AAGCUUGCACCGACUAAUGGUGACUUUUUGGUAUAUAUACUUGAGUGCUUUGGAAGACAUAGUAUAGUACGCACAGUGCGUUCCACAGAACAAGUGACAGAGAUUCGAAUUCUGUUCUGAAAAAAAAUCUAGUGAAAACGUUAAACAUGGCUUUCAAAUUCAUCUUAGUAGUGUCAUUGGUUGCGGCUGUCAACGCUAUGCCACAGCAUGGAUAUCAGCAUGGAUAUGCAUCGUCUCAUCAAAGCAUUCAAUUGCACACUGCCCACGCAGCUCCGGUGCAUCACGUCGCGGCUAUCCAUGCAGCACCCAUCCAGCACGCUAUCGUGAAGCAGGUUGAACAUCAUGCUCCAGCCAACUACGAAUUCUCCUACUCUGUCCAUGAUGAACACACCGGAGAUAUCAAGAGCCAGCACGAGACCCGCCACGGAGAUGAAGUUCGUGGACAGUACACUCUCCUGGAUGCCGAUGGUCAUCACCGCAUCGUCGAUUACCACGCAGAUCAUCACAACGGAUUCAACGCCGUAGUUCGUCGGGAGCCAACCAACAUCAAAAUUGCCCAACCAGUGCACAAGAUUAUUGCUCAGCCAAUUCACGUUGCUGCUGUGGCUCAUCAUCAUGCUGCUCCUGUUUCGCAUGCCAGCAUUUCCCACCAUGUUGCUCCGAUUGCUCACAUUUCGCAUGUCGCACCGGUGGCCCACGCUAGCUAUGCGCAUUAUGCUCCAGUUGCCGCCUACCAGAGCCAUGGGGGACAUCAUGCCACCAGUCAUGUUACUCAUCAUCAUUUCUAAUAAGUAUGUUUAUUGACUAAAUGGGACCUGAUUGUAGUUUGUGCAAAUUGUGUGAAAUAUAGAAUCAUAAUUCAAUUGUAUUCUUGA